UGAACUUUCUAUUCAUUUUCUUCUUGGACUGACAGUACAUGCAGCCUUGCUUGGUGGACUUUGAGCAGGGAAUAGGAAGAGUGUAUCAACAAUUAUUUUUCAAAGAUAAGGUUGCCAAGCUUCCAUCAUGGAUCCUUCUAUGCGAGAGGAACUCAGUUGUCCUAUCUGCCUUCAGCUCUUUUUGGACCCUGUGGUUCUCCCCUGUGGCCACAACUACUGCCAGGUUUGCAUCUUGCAGACCAUCAACAGCAGCGAUAAAAAACUGCAAUGCCCAGAGUGCCGAAUGGAAUUUGAGGGUGCUCAGUCCCUGCAGAAGAACUUUAAACUGGGAAGCAUUAUCAACGGCUUCCUAGCAUCUACAUCAAAGUCUGAUGUUUCACCGGUGACCCAGCAGAUCCAACAUGCAUCAAAGUCUGAUGCUGUACCUGUGACCCAGGAGAUCAAACGUGCAUCAAAGGCUGACGCGACACUGGUGAACCUGCAGCUCAAACGCGAAAACUCAUGCAUCCGUUCAGCAGAUAGGGCAUUGCAGACAGGGAAAGAGUGUGAGAUCCACCGUAGUCCUCUUGUGUACUUUUGCUCCACGGACAUGACCUUGCUGUGCUCCAAGUGUUUCAUGGAGGGCCGACACCAGGACCAUGACCUUCUCACCUUUAGUGUUGCUGAGGGGGAGAUGAGGCGUGCCCUGGAGGUCCGGAGCAAGGUGGUUGGCAACAGGUUGCAGAUGACCGAUUUCCUUGUAGAGAGGGUGAAGGAAGAGCGGGGCCUGUCUGAAACAAUUGGAGACAAAUUGGUUAACAAGGCUGCCACAACAGUGGAAGUCAUGGCUGAACUGGUUAAUGGGUACCGUGACAGAUUGCAUAAACUCCUGGAGGAUGAGCAAACCCAACGUAGAAACAUCUGGCAAUCCGGUGUGGGUACAUUGGAGGAGCAACAGCAGCUGCUAGUGGAUGCUUUACAGAGUGCAAAUGAGGCCCUCAGCUUGACUGAUUCUUGUAGCUUCAUAAACAGGUUUCUGUUGAUAGAGGAGAAGCUGAGGAAGGCUGCCACAGUCACAAUUGCCUGCAACAUCCCCUCAAAGGCUCCGCUCAACACCAAGCAAAUGCAAGAAAGCCUCAGGACUGAGGCCUUCCGAGCAGAAAUGAGCCGCCUUGCCGAGUUCCUUUGUAUCCUCUUCAAUCCUCUCCAGCUUACCUUCAACGAGAGCUCGGCCCACCCCCAUGUGCAACUGAGCAACGACCUGCGCACGGCCAAAUAUAGCGAUAUCAAGCAGCCGUACCCCGAGCACAAGGAGCGCUUCACAAGCGCACCGCAGGUCAUGUGCAACGAAGGCUUUUCCAAUGGCGAGCAUGUGUGGGUGGUAGAGGUGGGCCCCGAAAGCAUGUGGUCGCUAGGGGUGUGUUAUAAGACCAUUCCCCGCCGUGGCGAUCACAGCCGACUUGGUCACAACUCCAUGUCCUGGCGGCUCCAGUGGAAAAGUGGCAAACUGACAGUGUGCAAAUCUUCGUCCAAUGUAGUGCUACGUGAAAUGAAAAUUCAGCCGCUGAAGAUUGAGGUGGCACUGGACUAUGAGGGCGGCACAUUGAUGUUCCAUAACAUUAAAGGCCAAAGGGAGCAUCUCUACACAUUCAAGGUUGCGUUUAAAGAGACAGUUUACCCAGCUUUUAGCAUCCACUCUAACACACCACAGUCUUGGAUUACACUCCAGUGUGGCUUGUGAGAUGGUUCCAGUGUUAGUGAUUGGGGACACCACCCUCCAUUUAGUUUCUACCAUUGACUGUAGACAUAAAUCAGUAAAUACCCUUGGUGACAUCACCCAUAGCAUUACCUGGCAUCCAUUCUUACUUUUUGAAGUGCCGCUAUGACAGCCACCAUGUUUCCCGCCAGUGUCGGUGAAGCCAUGUAUGGGGUAUUUGAGCGGAUAAAUGAUAUCUGUCACAAAGCUACACUGUGUUCAAUAUUCAAAUGUAGGUUUAGGUUUUUAGUAAAGUUGUCCGAUAUUAUCGGGUAGCCUAUGAUAUCGGCCGUUAAAAGCUUCAUAUUGGAAUAUCAACGUUGGAUUUUCAUUAGCGGUUUUGGGCCAAUAUGCAUGUUGCCUCCAAAGUGCAUGUAGGAACUUUCUGCCUUGUACAAGAGCUGGUCACAGCUUAGCACAGCAGUUAUGCGUAUUGACCAUUAGAUGUCUCUAAUGUAAGAUGCUUAGGAUUUGUUAUGUGAGCAGACCAUUUGAAUUCAUGGUACAAAAAUUAGCUAAGAUUGAAAAUUAAUGAAUAUGUUAAGUCCACGAGCGCAUAGGAUUUUUGGAGUUGGACAAUUUCGGGAUAUCGAUUAUCAGUUAAAAAGUCGUUAUCUGACAACUCUAGUUUUUAUUUAAGACGUAAGAUGCAACGGCUUGUUUUCCACUUCCGAUUGGCUUCAUAAAAUUGUGAAAAAAAAAAAAUCUCAAAUACACAUUAGGAUUUCUGUGGCAUCUGUGUUUUUUUUAAAUACCAAUAAUGACGUAACGAUUGUGGUAGAAAAGAAUUCAACCCCAUGCAGUUUAUAAAACAAAAGUGUCGCCAUUACAGUCUAAAUACUACGUUUGUGCCAGGCUUUAAGUUGGGUUAUUUUGAUGAUGAAAUCAGGUGGUUUAGAAUUGAAGUGAAUGGGCGAUUCUUCUGAUUGGAAGCCAGCAUCUCUUGGCAACCUCUGGUACUGCAGCACUUUAAAAUACUUGCGAGGAUUCACUUUCCCAGACGGGAGGUUCCCCGUUGGUUUCUACUGAUCACUGUAUCUGCUCAUGAGCUCCCCCUCCAGCACUGUGAUAACUGCCAAUUGUCACCUCCCACCCACCCUGUAAAACUGGACUAGGACCACCACUGAUGUGUCAGGGUGUCAAUUGAUUAAAAAUUGCACCUAUAUGAACAAUACUUGGAAUUUGCUUUAUGUAUUUACUAGUUUAAAGCAACACUUUUCAGAAAUAUUCAUACUUCAAAUAGAACAGGUACUGCAUGUGUGACAGCAGCGGUGGAUGAAGUAAAACGCAAUAAUUUGCUACCUUAGUAUAACAUGAAAACUGAGCAUUCUAAUCAGAUAGUAGUUUGUUUACGAAGACAUUAUUCUUAAACGUUAAUGAAUUGUAUUGUUUCUAUUGAUUUAUGCAAACAAUUGUUAAUUUUAAACCUCAGAUUCAUAUUACACACAAAAUCACGAUCUAUUAAUUUUGUUUUCUUUUACACCAAAUGUGAAUUGUGAUAUUUGUAUACAAAUAAAUGAUAGUUAUCA